CCCAGGCCCCCUUGUUUCUUUUGCAUUUCUCAGAACCCGUUAAAAAUGACAACCCAGUUGGAGCCAUGGACGGAGCUGAGCGGUAAAGUGGUUAUGAUCACCGGCGCUUCCUCUGGGCUCGGAAAGGACUUCUGCCUCGACCUGGCCCGAGCCGGCUGUAAAAUUAUCGCCGCCGCUCGUAGGAUUGAUCGGCUUAAAGCCCUUUGCGAUCAGAUUAACCAAAUGGGUUCUUCCUCAUCGGAUCAUUCCUCCUCCGGUCAAUUGAAAGCCGUCCCGAUUGAGCUGGACCUGGGUUCUGAUGGGCCGGCCAUUGAAGCUGCCGUUAGCAAAGCUUGGGACGCGUUUGGACGUAUUGAUGCUUUGGUCAAUAACGCUGGGGUUCGAGGACGUGUACAUACUCCUCUGGAUCUCUCGCAGGAAGAAUGGGAUAGUAUCAUAAAAACUAAUAUGACUGGUAAUUGGUUGGUGUCAAAGUAUGUAUGCUUGCGCAUGCGUGAUGCUAAGCAAGGGGGAUGUGUUAUCUUUAUUUCCUCCAUUGCUGGACUAACUCGUGGGCAGUUGCCUGGUGGGUUUGCAUAUGCUUCUUCAAAGGUUGCAGUUAACACUAUGACAAAGAUUAUGGCCAUGGAGUUGGGGGAAUACAAGAUAAGAGUAAACUCAAUAUCUCCUGGACUAUUCAGGUCUGAGAUAACCGAGGGCCUCAUGCAAAAGGAUUGGCUCAAGAAUGUUGCUCUCAGAACUGUUCCAUUGAGAAAUUAUGGCACUGUAGAUCCAGCAUUGACAUCACUUAUACGAUACUUAGUCCACGACUCAUCUGAAUAUGUAUCAGGUAACAAUUUUAUCGUGGAUGCCGGAACCACCUUAGCUGGUAUUCCAAUUUUCUCCUCUCUUUAAGUUACUACCUAAUUGUCGCAGCCCACAUAAUGAUUCAAUGUUGCUGGCUGUGAGUACUGAGUUUGUAAUUUUCCAUAAACGCUGAAGAUUGCGUAGUAGAUAGAAGUUAGCUCCUUGCUAACAUUCUUUUUAUGAAUCUUGUUAUUCAACUGCUGAGGUUAGGACCUAUUGUAACAAAAUUCGCCAUGAAUGAAAUGGAGUAUUUUUAUUUCAGUGUUGUCCUUAACUGUGUAAUGCAUUUUAUUUUUUGUAGUAGAGCGAUAGUAGCUAGAGAAACAUAAUUUGAACUUUAAGAAUGAUGUUCAGAGGUUACUUACCUAAUAUGUUGUGAAACUGAGAA